CCUUUUCCUUUUGUUGUCUUUGAGCUUAAGCCAAACAAACUAAACCCACAACUAACGAAGAAAUUAGAGAGACGCAUCACAAACAAACAAAUAUUAUUAACCCUCCGAAGCUCAAAACACAGAAAAAAGAUCUCUCAAUCAAUCGGCGCCAUGGCUGCUCUACAGUACUUGGAGACACAGCGCAGCGCGCAUCCAGAACUGGACGAGUGGUACAACUCACUUGCAGAUCUGUACCAGAAGAAGCUUUGGCACCAACUCACUCUCAAACUUGAACAGUUUGUCGCUCUCACCGUCUUUCAGGCUGGUGAUGCUCUAAUACAGUUUUAUCAUAAUUUUAUCACUGACUUUGAGACAAAGAUCAACCUUCUCAAGCUUGCACACUUUGCUGUUAUAGUUUCUCAGCGUUAUGCAGAGAAAGAAGCUGCCAUUAGCUAUCUUGAGGGGGUGAUUGAAAAGCUUCGAGCAACUAGAGAACAACGUAUAGAGGAACCAGUCCUCUACAUUAAGAUGCAAAUAGCCAUAUUCAAGCUUGAGCAGGGGGAUCAGAAAGAGUGCAAGAAGCUUUUAGAAGAUGGAAAGAGUACCCUUGACAGCAUGACUGAUAUAGAUCCAUCCGUGUAUGCCAGUUAUUAUUGGGUUUCGUCUCAGAACUAUAAACAUCAUCAGGAAUUUGCUGAGUUCUAUAAAAGCGCUCUUCUUUAUCUGGCAUAUACAGCAGUGGAGUCCCUCUCAGACUCAUUUAAGCUGGAUUUGGCAUUUGAUCUUUCUCUGUCUGCGCUUUUGGGGGAUAACAUCUACAACUUCGGAGAGUUGCUGGCCCAUCCUAUAAUAAAGAGCCUACUGGGCACUCAGGUUGAGUGGCUCUACUACAUUCUCCAGGCAUUUAACUCUGGUGACUUAGUUCGCUAUCAAGAAUUGUGCCGUGUGCACAACACUGCCCUGAGGGCCCAGCCAGCAUUAGUUCAGAAUGAGCAGAAGCUAUUAGAAAAGAUUAACAUUCUCUGCCUAAUGGAAAUUAUCUUUAGCCGUCCUUCUGAAAAUAGAACUAUUCCAUUAAAUGUUAUUGCUGAGCGCACAAAGCUUUCCAUUGAGGAUGUGGAGCAUCUUCUCAUAAAGAGUCUAUCUGUCCACCUUAUUGAGGGUAUAAUUGAUCAAGUUGAAGGAACAGUGCACGUUUCCUGGGUACAGCCAAGAGUUCUGGGGAUUCCACAGAUCAAAUCCUUGCGAGAUCGACUGGACAAUUGGUUGGAUAAAGUACACACUGCUUUGUUAUCAGUGGAGGCUGAAACACCUGAUCUAGUUGCGUCAUAAUUCCCCCCCAUUUCUUCUUCUUGAUUCCCUUUCAGCCUACUGUAACACUUUCUUAAUACAAAAGCCGGAUAUUGAUGGGUAGCAAAAAUGGAGAGACAAGCUGUAAGUCACAUGGGCAGUUGAGUCAAAUUUGUAUGCUUCCUUUCACAUUGCAGAAUCCUUUUUCCUGAAUCAUCAAUUUUUCUAAGAGGAGCUGCAUGUUUACGUUUUUCACUUGGGAUUUGUUGGCUAUAUAAUGUGGUCUGCCUGGAGGUAAGGUGAAUUUGAAUGCAAAGAAAAAAAGCUUUUCUACAUUUAGCAUGGUUAUUACUUGUUAGACCAUGUAUUGGUAUUUCUCGCUUAAGGCGUUCAAGAUGUGAUCCACUUAUUUGUGGGAGCAACUGCAUUUAAUUUCUGGUAGGCAUGCACCUGUUGGUUCUUUAAAUGCAUAAGCACUGCUGCUAAGUUGUUUCA